UUAUGGUAGCGCAGACGCGACGGAGUCCCCGUGAUACCUGCUACGACGCUUCUGUGGAUAGUGAUGAUGGCGGUGGUGUUCGUUCGGGCCAGCUAGAUGUGCAUGUCUUGCACAUUCUCGAAACAAUGUCCUCAGGUCAGUGUCAUCCGUGUUGUGAAGUUUGUCAUGCUAACUUGGGUCAAAUCAAAGCCUACAUUAUUAACUUGGUAGGAGGGGAAGCCCGCCGCGAACAUUCCACCAUCCUGGAUCCAAUUGAACACAAAAUACAGCUGCUAGAGAAAUUUGAGAUGCAGCUAUUGAGGAAACUUCGGUUGUCAGAGUUGGAUGUCGACUCGGUUUACCUUGUCUAUGAAGCGUUGCGCAGCAAAGAUGCAGGCAGUGUGGCAAUACUCUGUAAGCUUUACGACUUCCACCUUCAAUAUAGUCGCGCGAAGCGACGUCUUCCGGUCAAACUGAAACCGUCUCUCUCUCCCCCAGGUGUCAGUCAUACCCUUACCUAUACCGAUUGGAUCAGACACUGACUGAUAGUGUUCUAGCCCCCACACCGUGUCGACGCUUCUCGAUUUUGGGCUGUCAUCAUUGGUAUCGAGAAGUAUCCGACCUACCCGUCGCGUGGCUCCGUGCGAGACGCACUGCUAGUAGAGAAAUACUUGAUGGAAGAUCUCGGCAUGCGCAAUGACAGAAUCCAGCCGUGUUAAUAUCAUUGGAGCGCUUUUAAGCAUCAUCACGAACCCCCAGAUCGCGUAUGGUGACAACAUU